AUGAAGCUCGAGGCAAGAAGAAGCUGCACGACUACGGUCUCCACACCCGGGCGAUGCGCCCCGGAGCCGGUCAAUAACGUCAUGGGUGAGCCCGCAUACUCAGACCUGAGCGGACCACUGAAAGCCAAAGUCACAAAGCAGAGCUCUAGGGAGAGCUUGCAGCGAAAAAACACGGAAUGUGAGGUGUAUGACGAUGGGACCAACACGUUUUUCUGGCGGGCUCACACCGUCACUGUUCUGUUUAUCCUGACGGGUGCGCUGGUAUACAUCACGCUUUUAGAGGAGACGCCGCAGGACACUGCCUACAACACUAAAAGAGGGAUUGUGGCCAGCAUAUUGGUGUUUCUUUGUUUUGGGGUCACACAAGCAAAAGAUGGACCCUUCACUCGACCACAUCCGGCAUAUUGGCGCUUCUGGCUAUGUGUGACUGUGGUCUAUGAGCUCUUCCUCAUUUUCAUCCUCUUCCAGACGGUGCAUGAUGGACGGCAGUUCAUGAAGUACAUCGACCCCAAAUUGGGAGUGCCCCUUCCUGAGCGUGACUAUGGUGGAAACUGCCUCAUCUACGAUCCGGGCAAUGCCACUGACCCAUUUCACAAUGUCUGGGACAAAAUGGACGGCUUUGUUCCAGCGCAUUUCCUGGGAUGGUACAUAAAAACGCUAAUGAUCCGCGACUGGUGGAUGUGUAUGAUCAUCAGCGUCAUGUUCGAGUUCCUUGAGUACAGCCUGGAGCACCAGCUGCCAAACUUUUCCGAAUGCUGGUGGGAUCAUUGGAUUAUGGACGUGUUGCUGUGUAAUGGUCUGGGCAUCUACUGCGGUAUGAAGACGCUGGCGUGGUUGUCCAUGAAGCCUUAUCAGUGGCAGGGCUUGUGGAACAUUCCUACUUAUAAAGGCAAGAUAAAGCGAAUUGCCUUCCAGUUCACCCCAUACAGUUGGGUGAAGUUUGAGUGGAAGCCCGCAUCCAACCUUCGCCGCUGGCUCGCUGUUUUAGGCAUCAUAUUCAUGUUCCUGUUGGCUGAGUUGAACACCUUCUACCUGAAGUUUGUGCUGUGGAUGCCUCCGGAACAUUACUUGGUGCUGCUAAGGCUUGUCUUUUUUGUCAACGUGGGAGGCGUGGCCAUGCGGGAGAUCUACGACUUCAUGGACGACCCAAAGUUUCACAAGAAACUCGGCCAGCAAGCGUGGCUGGUGGCGGCCAUUACGGUGACCGAGUUCCUCAUCGUGCUGAAGUACGACCCCAACACCAUCAUGUUGCCUAUUCCCUUCUUCAUCACGCAGUGUUGGCUGCUGGGCCUCCUUGUCAUCCUCAUCUGGACACUGUGGCGCUUCUUCAUUCGCGACAUCACACUCCGCUACAAGGAGACGCGGCGCCGCAAACAGGAGGAGCCUGCGGAGCGCCCGCUGGGAAACGGCGCCUCCUCAGGCCGCAGCAAACUCAACGGCAGCUCCGACGUCCUGCGCCACAGAAAGUCCUGA